AUGAAUCGGGCGCUGAUCCGGGUGACUCGUGUUUCGUCAAUUUCGAUCAGAGGCUGCACUGGCGUUACAAAGGCCCCUGCUCCGUCGGACGUAAGCAAGCAGAAUGCGCAAUUCGACAAGGUGACGCACACCGGACAGGCAUGGGACCAAUCCGACUAUCGGUUGCAACGAUUCGAUAUUUCUCCGAAAAUGGUCAACCCGAAUGUUGCGCAAGAUCUGGUUGCCGAGAAGCCGCCGAAGGAUUGUGGACACGAGCACGUCAUCCAUUGCGAUGGAGGUCAUCCCGCCCUCGGUCACCCACGGGUCUUCAUCAACUUGGAUAAGCCGGGCGUGCACUCGUGUGGCUACUGCGGCAACCGAUUCUACAACUCGCAUGUGACGAAGGGCGAAGAUUUGAAGAUCCAGCACUUGAGCACU